GGGGGGUGGGACAUCGUGGGGUGGGGGCCCUGCCUGCUGGGGGCCAACGUGGAAUUCUCCGGGGCGGAGCGCAGAGUGACACUGACAGGCAAUCGGCAGCGACCAGAGAAGCAGACAGCAUCCGGGGGAGCGGGACGGCCAGGGGCCCCAAGCAGGCUUCCUGGAGCCCCAGCGCCACAGCCGGGCUCCCACAGCCAGCUCCUGCCAGAUAAGGCCCCGGGUGGCUUUAUCAGAGCCGGCAGAACACGAGCCUCUGCACCCAAAGGAAGACCAGAGGGCCGGUGCCGGCCGCCGCUGUGGACGGAGUCGCGAAGUCCCGCGGAUGGAAGCUGACGCUGGCUCGCAGCAAUAGGGAAAGCCUGGCAGCGUGGAGGGCAGCGGAACUCAAACCUGAUGUCCAGGGCCGCUGGAUGGUGACGGCCAUGUCAGUGAGGGUGCGGUUCCUGUCCCCUGGGGACGCAGGAGCUGUGGGGGCUGUGGGCCGCAGCGCCUCCUUCGCGGGCUUCAGCAGUGCACAGAGCCGGAGGAUUGCGAAGCUGACCAAUAAGAACUCAAUGAGGUCCCGGUCACCUGGGAAAUACUCCAAGAGCUACGGCACGCUGCGCAAGGUGUCGGCUGGCCUGGAGCCCAAGCCCCAGCAGGUGAAGAAGAUCUUCGAAGCCCUGAAGCAUGGCCUCAAGGAGUAUCUGUGUCUGCAACAGACCGAGCUGGACUUCCUGUCAGGACGCCACGCGGACAUGCGGAGGAAUUCCAGGCUGGCCUUCUAUUAUGACCUGGAUAAGCAAAUGCGCUGGAUGGAGAGGCACAUCCGGAAGACGGAGUUCCACAUCAGUAAGGUGGACGAGCUGUAUGAGGGCUACUGCAUCCAGUGUCGCCUGCGUGACGGGGCCUCCAACAUGCAGCGCGCCUUCUCCCAGUGCCCGCCCAGCCGCGCCUCCCGCGAGAGCCUGCAGGAGCUGGGCCGCAGCCUACAUGAGUGUUCUGAGGACAUGUGGCUCAUUGAGGGGGCACUGGAGGUCCACCUGGGUGAAUUCCACGUCAGGAUGAAAGGCUUGGUGGGCUAUGCGCGCCUCUGUCCAGGGGACCAGUAUGAGGUGCUGCUGCGCCUGGGACGCCAGCGCUGGAGGCUGAAAGGCCGCAUUGAGACUGACGACAGCCAGAUCUGGGACGCAGAGGAGAAGGCCUUCGUGCCCACCUUGCAUGAGAACCUGGAGAUCAAGGUGACCGAGCUGCGGGGCUUGAGCUCACUGGCUGUGGGCACCGUGACGUGUGACAUCGCCGACUUCUUCACGACACGGCCGCAGGUCAUCGUGGUGGACAUCACAGAGCUGGGCACCAUCAAGCUGCAGCUGGAGGUGCUGUGGAACCCCUUUGACUCCGAGAGCCCUCUGGUGUCACCCAGCCCCACAGGCAAGCUUUCCGUGGGUAGCAGGAAGGGCUCCUUGUACAACUGGACACCCCCGAGCACCCCCAGCUUCCGGGAGAGAUACUACCUGUCUGUCCUGCAGCAGCCAGCACAGCAGCACUUGCUGCUAGGUGGGCCGAGGGCCAACUCCAUCAUCAGUUACCUGUCUGACAAUGACCUUCAGGGCCCUGGCCUGAGGAGCCGGAGUCAGGAGCCACUGGAGAUGGACUCCUUCAGCUCCGAGGACCCCCGAGACACUGAGACCAGCACCUCGGCAUCCACCUUGGAUGUGGGCUUCCUGCCCUUGGCCAUCGGCCCCCCUGCCUCCUCUGAGGAAGAGGUGCUGGAGGACCACCCACCCCUGGGCCUGCUGCCAACCACAGCCCCACAGCCAGAAGGCUCCUUUGUGGAGCAGCCCGGUUGGAAGAACUUGGGCACAGAGAGUCCCAGACAACCUUGGGGCUCCCCCUUCCACAGUGGCGCAGUUCUGAGCAGGCAGAGGGGCCUGGGGGAAGGAGAAACGAGGGACAGAGCAGAUACAACAGCGGCAGCACCCGAGCAGCCUCUGCAGGAGGUCCUGGAGUUACUGAGGUCUACGGGCCCCACUCAGCCCCAGCUCCGGGAGCUGGAAUACCAGGUCCUUGGCUUCCGGGACCGCCUGAAGCCCCGCGGCGCCCGGCCCCACCACGCCUCCUCCGAGAGCCUCAUGGAGUGCAUCCUGGAGAGCUUUGCCUUCCUCAACGCUGACCUCGCUGCUGACCAGCUGUCCCUGUUCGGGGGCUCCCAGGGCCCCCGAAAAGAUAGGACGACACCCCCACCGCCCUCACUGAGAGUGUCACCCAGGGAGCUUACAGCUGGAGCCCCGGAGCUGGACAUGCUACUCACGGUCCACCUGCAAGUCUGCAAGGCCCUGCUGCAGAAACUGGCCUCGCCUAAUUUGUCCAGGAUGGUGGAGGACUGCCUUGUAGAAGAGGCUACACAGCAGAAGCAGGUUCUGGAGAUGCUUUCUGACCUUGAUUUCGAGAAGGCCAGCCAGGCAGCGUCCAUCGAAGAGAUCCUUCCGCAGGUCUCGCGCAGGAAGGGCUGUCUGAAGCUGUGGCGGGCAUGCACUGAGCCUGGCAGCGUCCUGGCCUGCCCUGCCCUGAGGCUCCUGAGCCAGCUCAAGAAAAUGUUCCUGCACAGAGUCCGUGGGAAAUACCCAGGGCAGCUGGAAAUAGUGUGCCGCAGGCUACUGGAGCAGGUGGUCACCUGUGGUGGGCUGCUCCCUGUGGCUGGGAUCCCUGAGGAACAGACGGUCACCUGGUUCCAGUUUCACCGCUACCUGCAGAGGCAGAGCGUCUCAGACCUGGAGAGGCACUUCGCGCAGCUCACCAAGGAAGUCACGCUCAUUGAGGAGCUGCACUGCACUGGGCAGGCCAAGGCCAUCAGGAAGCUGCAGGGGAAGCGGCUGGGCCAGCUCCAGCCCCUGCCACACACCCUGCGUGCCUGGGCGCUGCUGCAGCUGGAUGGGCCCCCCAAGGUGUGCAGGGUGGCCAGCUCGCGCCUGGCCACCGCGGCGAGGAACCGAAGCUUCCGGGAAAAGGCCCUGCUGUUCUACACGGACGCCCUGACGGAUGGCGACCCCAGGCUCCAGCGGGCUGCGUGCAUGGCACUGCAGCAGCUCCAGGGCAUCGAAAGCAUUGACCAGAUCGCCAGCCUGUGCCAGUCUGACCUGGAGGCCGUGAGAGCAGCUGCCCGGGAAGCCACUCUGUCCUUUGGAGAAAAAGGACGCCUAGCCUUUGAGAAGAUGGACAAACUUCAUGCAGAGCAAAGAGAAGGCUUCUGCCAGGAGGCAGAUGUUGAAAUCACAAUAUUCUGAAAAGCCUCAGCGAGCGAGCCCAAGUCCAGCGUGCACAUUUCCUUGCUGCUGCCCAGCCCUGGCGCCACACUGGGCCUUGGGUGGGGUGUGCUGGGCACUCCCCAAGUGUGAGCAGGCCAGAGCCAAGAGCGCACUCCAAGGCACUGGGCACACGUGGUGCCACUGGGGAGCAGGGGACAUUCAGCACCUGGCAGGCCGAAGCCCUGCACUGAGCGUUCCACCUUCACCUUUGGGAAUGCAUCGGCCCCCCCUCGGGAUGCAGAGCUGGCACCCCAGACAGCCAGCCAGCCAGCCACGCACACAGGGCUGCGGCCAUGGUGUGCGUGCUUUUGUGCGCUGGCCGCUCUGCUCCUGGUCCCAUAAAUCCUGGCGCCAGGGAGGUGGGUUGCUGGCCCAGCUGGCGGGCUGUGCUGAUGGAAGACCAAGGUGCAGGAGUCAGGAGCCUCAAUAGCGGCUCUGUCACCCCGUCGAGCUGCAGCAAGUGGGAGGCUCAAAGCUAGGACUUCUCCAAGCCACCCCCCAACCGGAGCGGCAGCCCAAACGCCAGUGCGGCUGGACAACAGCUGGCCAGCCGCGAGCCUCAUCUUACCGCGCUUGAGAGCACAAAGAUGACAAGAUCCUGGCCCAGGAGCCUGGCGUGUCAGGGCCAAGGCCAUUGGCUCUGACCGUACACAUCAAAAUGGAAUCCAGCUUUGGAAACCAGUCAACGGAUGGCCAAUUAAAUAAACCACUCCAGUAGCCAGGGCUGGCUUGAAGCAAGAUUCCACAGAGGAGCAUGUUGCUUUAGAGGAAAUUUGUUUCCUAUUUAAGUGUAAUUUUUUUUUUUUUUUUUUUUUAAAAGUUGUGUGUCCUGAGAUGCCUCUGUGUUAGAAAUAUAGAGCUAAAGAGGGAUUUGAACUUUGCUGUCAACAAUGGCACCAGAAAGCCUUGUAACUUAAACAUAUUCACUUAAGCUUCCUGUAUAUAUUUUGUGCUUUUGUUGUUAACUUAGUAUUUAUUUGCCUUGUUCAUACGUUCCAACUUCUGAAAUUUCAAUUAAAAAGCUAUUUUAAUGG